AAUUUUUUAUUUUUAAAAAUUCCAACCCAAGUUACCCAGCGAAACCAAGCUCUUGUAGCUCCUUUCAUCAAUUUCUUUAAUUUAUUUUAAAUUUUAAUCUCUCUCAUCCCAAGCUAUUUAUGCAACGUCUAGAUGUUUCCCGACCAGUUGGAAAUAUUUUGAAAUUGCUAAUUUUUCCCGCAAAACAGAGCGAAAUGAAGGAGGUCCCAACACCAGGGAAGGAACAGGCUCGUCCCUCAGAGCACUUGGAUCUGAGAUCCAAAGAAUCCUCGUCGAAGAAGCUACCAAAGACCGUGAAGAAAAGCUUGAACGCUGCAUUUACGUCGCUUUCCGAAGAUGUUACACAAUCUACAAAGGAAUCUUUGGAUUUAUUUUCGAUUUCUGAGAUCGCUGGCUCUGAUCACAUUGGAGAAGAAAGCUUCUUGAUGGCUGUGAACCCGGCUCUUUCUGCUUCAUCAGAAUCACUGGGUACUUCCGCCCUUACUCUGUCGUCCACAGUCACAGUUGACAUGGAGGAAUCAGGACACCUUCAUGAAACCUUCGAGCUGGGCGGUUCCAAGAUAAGCUCUGUGGAGGCGGAGAUCGCGGUCGAUUUUCUCAAAAGAAGUCGGUCUCAGGUCCUGAAGUCGGCGGAUGUAGAUCCUCAAUCUAAGAGGAUUAUGGAUGCACUAAUCGAGAUCGUUAUUGACGAGUUCCACUUUCGGCAAGAAGAGAAAGACCACUUUGCCGAACUCAUUAUCAUGAAAACUCAGAUUCUUCUCCUCUGUUUCUUCUUGUGGAUCCUUGCCGUGGCAGUAGCUUUCUUCUUCGGUUCAGCGAUCCAAAACUCUUCCAGCGGACCUCUUCCAACCUGAAUUAUCAAGCACAAGUAGCGCAAUAUGGUCACAAAGAAUGGAUAAAUUAACAACAGAUAUAGAGAGCCCUAUAUCUUAAUGUGACCUUGCCCUUUGAUGGUCGAGAUAUCAGAUAAGCUACCAUCUUCAUGGAUUUGCAAACCAUUGGUAAUUUGGUCAGGUAAAUCAUUGUCAUAUAUGUGAAUUAGUGCAGCUUUCUGAGCUUGAACAGUUGUCUUGUUUUCAGUUAGACUGAACUAGAGAGGCUUGCUUUAUCUAGAAUGGAUCUUGGACGAGCCUUUGUUCAAAUUGAUCUAUAGUACUGGCUUGCAAUCGUUUUGGCAUGAGUUGCCAAGGCCCAAUAUACUCAAAUGUAUGGCAGAGACAUUGCCCAGAACUGAUAAUGCAGCCGAGAGACGGAGAAAGAGAGAGGUAAUGGUGAUGGGAAGAUUGGAGUCACUGUUAAGUAGAUGGAAAGGAUUGGAAUGCCAAACUUUACAGGGGGCAUCAUUUUAGUUGGAUGCACCCGCAAACAGGAUAGAAAAAUAAGCCACGGGACCUUUGGAUUAGAGCAUUUUAUAUUUUUUUAAUUUUUUCCUAUUUUACAGACUACAUUUUAUUAUUUUUCUAGUUUACAUCCUAAAAUAUUGAGAGUAGCAAUUGGCAACAUAAAUUUAAUAAUUUGUACCUAUUUAUUAAAAUACACGAAACUAGGAUGUGGGACAAUUUUUACCGUCAAAGAUUCAUCGAAUGUAAAAUCAUCAUACCGAAAAUAAAUUGGAUGUCUUUUCUAACGACCUGUUAAUACAGAAAAGGGUACUGUUAAAGUAAUUUUUUUCUUUUUUUUAAAGCAUUUUUGUGUGUAUUUUUUUUUAAAAAAUACUAAAAAAUAAAUACUAAAUACUAAAAAAUAAACACACAAAUACUUAAAAAAAAAAAAAAAACACUAAUCAAUACAUUUUAUCGAGACAUUUUAUCAAGCGGGAAUAUCGUUUUCCUUAUUUGUUACCGCCCCAAAUUGCGGCCCGUUUGCUUUAUAUCUGCUUGCUGAAAUGGCAGCCGUAGGCCUGCAAAGUGAAAAAAACUCGGUAGACUUUUCGAGCACAUAAAAGGCCCAUAGAAAAGGGAAAGUAUUAUUCCGUAUUCGGCGAAAUUUGAAACUUGCACCUGCACAAAUCGCAAGCCAGGGGCAGGAACUCUCUCUCUCUCUCUCUCUCUCUGUGUGCUUCUCACAGGGAAGGACUGUACGCUUCCCCGUCAACGUCCACGCUCU